GGCCGUGGAUGGGUUUAUGGUUUGUUACCUGGCAACCAGGUCUUACCGCCACCUUAGCAGAGAGGGCACACAAGGAAGCCACUAUCGUGUAACCUCCGAGAUCUGUGAUGACCUAACAAAAACAGUAUAAAUAUCGCAAUUAACCAUUGGGGGAUAAUUCAUUUCUUCUGCAUCAACGUUACUACUGAAGCAUACUAUGGACGUUCUCUUUCCCAAAGGAUUUGUAAUUGGUUCUAUCGAGAAGUGUAUGAUGGACUAUGACUGCAAGUUCAUAGAAUACGACGAUGAAGAGGCCAUCAACUCAAGACUAGGCUCAAGUUUCAUAGUGUUGGAACAAACACACUUCAUUGCUCAUUACCCAAAUAAACAAGUCAAGUGCGACUACAAUUGUCGUAACCGCAUUAUGAAGGACUUACUAUCAGAUGACCCUUGGGUCAGCGAAAGUUACCUUGUCGAGAAGAUUGACGAUGUUAUUCGUAGCAAAAGUCCGCCUUAUUUGCUCUUCACAAAUGAAUGCUUGAGAGAUUCCAGUGCCGAAGAUGGUUCCAUAAUCGCAAAUUACAUCACUGUAGAUAUCCCCCGCUUUGCCGAAAUUACUAGAUCCAAACAGUGCAAUGACAAGUUCUUCAUGGUGAACCUUGGAGAUGAUCAGCAUUUAUGUUGCAAUAUACAGACUCUGGAAACAUAUAAAUACCACUCAUGCGUCAGAUAUUCUGUCCUGGACUUAAUAAGUGGAGGAUCUGAGGAAGGAUUUAAUCAACUACAUUCUAAAUAUGACAAUGUGAAAAUGCUGACACCUAUACCAAAGAACCCAAGUUUUAAAUUAUUCGACAUCGAAGGAAAUUCUGCAGAAGAAAAUAGAGAAUAUCAACUAGAAAUGUACGACCAGGACAUGGAUGCUCUGAACUUUUUUGAUGGCAAAAUUUCUGCAACGACUUAUUAUAACCAAGUGGAAGUCUUAGUUGUGAAGUACUCCAUCGUUGAUGGUAUACAUUACCUCACGUAUGAUAACAAGUAUUUACAUGUUGCGGAUGGAAGUGAUGAGAUCAGCCUCACUGAUCAAAUUCCGAAUAAGCACCAAAGAUUAUAUUUUGUCCCCACGGAAGACAACGCAUUCAUAGUUUUCAAAUGGAAUUCCAUUACGUUUCUUACCCUUGAAGUGUUUACGAAUAGCUAUAGCUCUUGUUCUUUUAAGGAGGAGGGAAUAUUUACAAACAGAAGUGCUGGUACUCUAGAGUUCUUUUUAAAACGAGUCUAG